UCCGCCGGGGGCGGGCCGGGCGCGGCGCGGGGCGGCGGCGGCGAUGGGCGGCGGGGCGCGGGAGCUGGCCGGGUACCUGGCGGCGCUGGCCGGCUGGGUGGCGGGGCUGGCGGCCGCUGUGCUGCCGCAGUGGCGGCAGAGCUCGUACGCCGGGGACGCCAUCAUCACUGCCGUGGGGCUCCACGAGGGGCUGUGGAUGAGUUGCGCCGCCCAGAGCACCGGGCAGGUGCAGUGCCGCCUGCACGACUCGCUGCUCUCUCUCGAAGUUCACAUCCAGACAUGCCGGGCUCUCAUGGUCAUCUCUCUCCUCCUGGGCUUCUUUGGCAUCAUCGUGAGCGUGGUGGGCAUGAAAUGCACUAAAGUUGGGGAGGAGGAUCCUGUCACCAAAAGCCGCAUAGCUGUUGCUGGAGGUGUUCUCUUUGUUCUCUCUGGUCUGUGCACACUGGCUGCCGUGUCGUUGUAUGCAACACAGGUGACCUAUGAGUUCUUCAGAGAGAGCACCAUCCCCAUCAAUGCUAGGUACGAAUUCGGCUCUGCUCUCUUCGUGGGCUGGGGGGCCGCCAGCCUCUCCAUGUUGGGGGGGUCCCUCCUGUGCUGCUCCUGCCCUGCCAAGGAGCGCCGAGGACAGCAGUACCAUCAGCAGUCACAGCCCUCCACAGCCCGGGAGUUUUUGCAUGGCUGCUGUGUCAUCUUAGCAUCCUCAUCUUGCCUCCUGCACCUAGUCCAGAAAUACAUCCCAUCCCACCUCAAACCCAGGGAUUUGCUGUCCUUGGUGGCUGCUGUGACAUCUCCAAUAGUCACCUGAAGGCUCCCUGGGGAUGGAUACCCAGGCUGGAAGCACAUCAGAGAGGGGGAUCUGCCUUUGUUCACAGCACAGGCAGGCUGAAAGAGUUUCCCCCCCUCCAACACACGUUUUGGUCAUUAAACCAGUUGUUGGGGGUUGGGUUUCUUUCCUUUUUAUUUUACUUACAGAUUUUUUUUCCCCCCAUAAAUUGCUAGGACUCUAACUACUGGGUACUUAUGGAUACUUAUGGGUACUUAAGAAAGACAAAAGACGGUGUCUGAAGUGGGGAGAGGAAUGGAGCAUCUGGCUAUACCUUUUUUUUUUCUCGGGGAGUGUCUCUCCGGGGUACGGAGACACCGCGAGAAUGAGGGCAGGUAAAAAGGACGGGGUUGGAGGCAGCUGGGUGCUCUCGGGCAUCGGAGCACGGCCUUUCUGCAAGGGAGAAUUCACCGGCACCGCCAGAGUUCAGCCCUGAGGGACCAAUCACCAUCUGUUAGUGUGCCCCGGGAAUCCUGAGCUUCGCCUCUCCGUGCCCUGCUCCCAGCCGGGCCCCCGCCGUUUUUUCGGUCCGACGCUGUGUUUCUCCAUGCUGUAGCCGACACCGUCCCUGAGUUCCAGCUGCCACCGUGGAACUUCUAAUACAUCUAGCCCACCAGCCCAGGAUUUUUUUUGCUCGUUUCUGCCAGCUGUGACGGUAACUGCACCAAAGGGGAAAGUGCCAGCAGCCAAGAAGGCUUUUACUGGGUCCCCGGUUCUGUUUGUUGUUAAUGUCAUAGUUAUUGUUUUGCUUGCCUCGUUAUACAUACUAGUAAAAAUUGUUAUUCCUAUCCUCAUAUCUUUGCCUGAGAGCCCCUUGAUUUCAAAAUUAUAAUAAUUCGGGGGAAGAGGUUUACAUUCUCCAUUCCAAGGGAGGUUUCUGCCUUCCUUAGCAGAUGUUAAAGAGUAGAAAAGUUGUCCAUUUUUUAAAAAGUUGCAGCGUUAACAGGUUAGACCAAUUGCUGCUAAGUUGGAGUUUUAUUCUAUUGUUCUAUUUGUUGUUAAUAAUUUCAUGUUGUAAUCAGCUGUUGUUAACAGUUUUUCUUUAAUUACCUGUUGUUGACGGGUAGAAAUCGUCGGGUAUCCCCCCUGCUGCACCCGGGACUGAGGAGGAGGUGACAUCGGAGCUGACAUGCAAAUGUGGGAAGCUGGUAUGCAAACGUGAGGAAACACCUCACCAAAUCUAGCAAGAAAAACCCCUAAAACAACGAGCCACCAUGGAAUUAAGAGAUCUAAGUGAUGUCUAGAGGUGAGCAACUGAAUCCAAUGUCUGCUAAGAUCCUUUUUACCUGUCACCGUAAUCUUAGGAUGUCACCUACAAAGACGAGUUCGAAUGUCACACUCCACCAUCAGAACUGUUCGGUGCUCUCGUGAGGAAGGCAGCCUCCGCCUUGGCUGAAUACCAGCGGACACUGGACUCCGGGUCCUUCCCGGGAGUUGGGGUGGUGUGUGAAUUAAGUAGGGCAAAAGAUCUUUCUCCUUUUUCAUAUAAUGAAAAAAAAGUGAGGCCGGGUGGGGAGAGCUGUCGGGUUGCGCACAUGCCGCCGCUGCUCCCAGAAGUGGCAAGGACGGGGGAGGAAGAUGGCAGCUUUGUCCGGUGGUAUGCAGGCAGGGCUAGGCACUGCAGUCCUCACAAGAGCAUCAGGAGAUCCCUCAUGUGCCGUCUGACAUUUGAGGGCCUCUUCCUAGCUGACGUCCUUUAGGUUAGGGGGAGGGGUACAAAGGCUCUUAACAGACAUCGGAUUCAGUUGCUCAGCUUUAGACAUCACUUAGAUCCCUUAAUUCCAUGUUGGCUCGUUGUUUUAGGGGUUUUUUGCUGGAUCUGGUAUGGUGUUUACACCUUUGCAUGCUGGGUUCUCACAUUUGUAUGUCAGCUCCGAUUUCACCUUUUCAGUCCCAGGUGCCAUCUCCCAGGAAACAGCGGGGGGGGAGGGAGGGGAGGAUACUCGAUGGGAGAGGGAUUUCUAACCAUCAACAACAGGUAAUUAAAGAAAAACUAUUAACAACAGCUGAUUACAACAUGACAUUAUUAACAACAAAUAGUUAAAACUCCAACUUGGCAGCAAUUGGUUUGACCUGUUAACUUUUUUUUAAAAAUGGACAGCUUUUCUACUCAUAACAGUGUGUGCACAACCUGUUGGCUCUCUCCACCGGCGCUGAUUUCUUUUUAAUAAAGGCAU